AUGUUUUUUACAGAUGUGAGAUUUAUAAGCAAGCUAGCUAGAAACAAACUUAACAAAAGGAGAAGCUGGGUCAAGCGGAAUAAAAAAUGGAUGCUACCUAGGGUUGAGAAAUCGUACCUGAAACAGGAGCAAGACUUCGUCGUGCCGCACAAAACCGUGCCGCAGGGAGGGGGGUCCCUUGCAAGGGCAGAACAGUGCCGAGGUGAGGUAAAACAUGAAGAAGCCAAAGCUACGGAAGCACCCAGUGACUAUAGACGCAUCCUCGCGGAGACAACCCGAAAGGAAAAAAAGCAUUUAAAACCCCAUGAGUAUAAGAAGCUGCUGAAGCACAAGGAUGGUAGUGGCCGCACCCCGAACGAUGAUAAGCUACAGCUAAAGCACCUCCUGCGUAGCGGCAAGAGUGGGGGAACACACAAGGGGAUGAAGAUAGACAUAAAAGAUUACAAAGACGAUGAGAAGGAAAAGAAGAAAAACGAAAUGAACACAUUUUGGUAUAUGCCAAGUCCCUUUGAAAAAAAAGGUGUGUAUGGAAUGAAAGAAAAUUCUUUUUACAAAUCUUUUAUGAGAGACAGGGAAAGACAGCUAGAUCACAUCGACACGAGAAAGUUAAACGAAAGUGAACAAAAAUUACUAAAUGAAAUGCGCAAAAGGGGGGACAAUGUUAGCGGCAAACUUCUCGACGAGAGUAUAACUCCCCUCGAUGGGGACCAAAAAAGAGAAAAAAAAAUCAGGAUUAGUCCAAAAAAAUAUUGGUUUCAUGAUACGUAUCGUUCCCCAGAUAUCCCCACCUUGAGCACAGUGAAAGCGAGGGAACUGAGAUUCCUGAUGAUGAAUGAAGCCAAGCUAGUUAGGAAGGGGAAACCCGUGGACGUGGAAUUAUGGCUAGCUUUUAUGAACCGAGUUUUGAACCUGUCCAGCAAGGUACACGUACGGAGUCUGCUUCGAUAUUUACAAACCAUUGCAUCUGUCAAGGUGAAUAAUAAAAAAAUGAUAAGCGAAAUUCUGUGUGAAAUUUUCAAAAGAGAAAAUCUGAUGAAGCCUAAGCAUUAUGUAUAUCUUUUUCAAGGAUGCUCUAGAUUAAAAUGGUCCGACUUCCAAUUAAUCUAUGCACUAAGAAACAUGACGUUGUGUUGGCCCAUCCUCAGGAAUAACUUCCUUGUCAAGUCAGCCAACUCGAUAAGUAAGCUAGGGUUAGCAAACAGUGUGUACAGUAAAUCCUUGCAAAUUACGCUUUGUGAACGGCUAGGUAAUUUCUCAGGGAAAAAUCUGAAGGCCAUCAAGGCCAUUACCUUUUUGGAACUGUUCACCGAGGAAAUGAUUUUAAAUGGACAUAUAUCACCCACACUCAAAUUAUAUUAUCGAGGUAAAUGCCCCCUUCCAAUAUUACCUCAACUCUGA